AUACUAUGUCAAUUUUAACUUAUUUUACUGUUUAAUCAUUAGUAAAUUGAUUUACUAUGGUUUAUUAUUACACAUCAAAACAUACCAAUAUGUUGAAGAACAUUAUCAAUGACUACGGAACAUUUAAUGAAAUAUCUCCCUGUGAGUACAUGCAGAUGUAUAUUGAAAAGUGUCCUGAAACUAUGGAGAACACUACAAUCACCUGGAUCGUAGAAACUUUUUUGCGAAUUCAAAAACAUAGUCAUUUUCAUAAAGAAGUAAAGUCUCAUAUAUUAAAGGAACUGUCUGAAGAGGAUCAAGACUAUUUUAUUAUUAUAUUUGAUGCUAUCCUUUUUCAAAUUAGUCCUAAAGAUAUGUCAAAUCUUUAUAAAUGUUUAUUUAAUUUAAGUAAGCCACUCCUAAAGACCUUUCCAACUUUGUUAAGUAACGAUGACAUUCUUGCAUUUAUAUCACAUAUAGCACAAUCCGAUUACGAUACAAAUUUUAUAACUGAAAAGAUAAAUACACCUUUACAUUCAUGGCAACCAUACAUGAAAGAAAUGAUAAAUAAUUAUAAUAGGUAUGUUACAAAAAUGUACAAUAAAAAAAUAAAACCACCUACAACACCAGUGUCUCCCAGAGUUUUAAAUAGAAAGAUAAAAACGACUUUUUCACAUUCUUUAAAAAAAUCAUCACCAACUCCACCUAAUUCUAUAUGCAAAGGAUCAAAAAUGCUUACCAAAAGUGUUAUAGAUCAAAAAUUAAAACAAUUGCAUGAUAUUAAUACACAAAAAGCUGUACACUUAUUGCAGACAGUAAAGGCAAACAAUAAUCAUUAUUGUAGUCAAAAAUCUGAGAAUUACUAUAAAAAACUAUCUGAAAUCAAAGAUGAAAUAAAAAAUGAAUAUGAGAACAAUUUCCCUAAAUUACCACCGAAAGCCAAUAUAAGUUCCACGCCACCUCCCGUAAAGGAAACCACGACCACAUUAAAAAGAAUUAAUAAGAGAAUACAACUAACAGAAAAGGAAGAACUUCAAUGGCUAGAAGAUUUAAUGAUAAAUUGUCGAAAUACUACUAAAAUUGAGGAGCUUGAGGAAUACGAUCGUCAAGAAAAAGAGAGAGAAAGAUUAUUAGACAUUGAAAAAAAACAUCUGCUUGGUAAAAUAUCUUAUGAAGAUGCUUUGAUAGCGAAAAAGAAGCUUUAUGACGAAAAUAAAAAAAAAUAUGAUAUUUUUUUAAAAGAAAAACGAUUAUGGGAAGAAGAAAUUGAAAAUUGGAAAAGAAAUGAAAUGAAUAAAAAUCGCAAGCAAGUAGAAAAGUUGUCACUAAUAGAACUUGAUAUGCUACAUGCAAAGAAUCUUAAUAUUGCUAAAAAGAAGGAAAUUGCUAACCAAAUAAAAAAAGAAUCUGAAAACAUAAUAUCAAAGGCUGAACGAGAAAAACAAGAAGAAUUGGAUCGAAAAAUUAAAAUGAUAAGGGAAUUAAAGAUAUUAACAAUGAUUGCCAAAAAAGCUAAAGUUCCUAAAAUAAUUGAUUUUACAGAAUCUUCAGGUCUAGGUUUGCUAUGUGAGAUGUCAAUUGCAGAACUUCAAGAAAGACUAAAUUUUACUAAGAUUGAGCUUAAGGAAGAGCUCGAUAAAAAGAGAAAAAAAAUUCAAGACCAAAAACUAACCUUAAAUAACGACUUAGAAGAAACAAAAAAAAAUAUUACAAACUAUAUGUCUGAACGAAGAAAUAUAAGAAAACAAAAGAAAAAUCAAAACAAAAUCGUAGAUAUGUCCUCUUCAAACGAAAUAAAUGAAUUGAAAAAAAUUCUCGAAGAAAAACGAAAUUUACGAAUGAAACUUACUUGUUAA